AUGGCUUCCCCUUAUGACAUUCUAGACAUGAACGCUUGGGCUACAGAUGAACAUUCUGGAAUUCCUCAUCUGGUUGUUCCGAGCGACAAUUCUGAAGCAGUAUGGCGUAACGGGGAAGAGUCAUCUGGGCAACCAGCGAGCGAAAGUGAUGAACCUCAGGCGGAUACCAACGAAAUCAAUGAUCAGAUAAUCUGUGGAGAAUGCGAAACUCUACAUGCUCUCUGGUACUGCGGAAGGUGUGGUAAGCUUUGUGACGAGUGUUGGCUAGACCGCAGGCCGCACAAGAGGAAUAAUCCUUCGCAUCAACGGAUAACAAUCAGUCAAUAUUUGUGGUUCUCCGUUGAUGGUGAUACUGGCUCCCUUGAGCUUCGGGAAUUCCCACGUUUCGGUGCUAUCAUAUCCGAACAUCAGAGACAGCAUUCACCUGAAGCACUCCCUUUUCCUGGACUUGUAUCCUUUACUGGAAAGACUGGCGAAGGAAAGAGUGCGAUAAUACGGCUUCUGAUAGAACAUUUGUGGGAUGAGACAGCUCGGCGUCGGAUGAGAACACUCGGUCUCUAUACCAAAGCCCCAGUCGUCGGGCCGCGGCAAAGGAGUAUCGCGACUUCUGGAGAUAUACACCUUUAUUACGAUACACUUAUGGAUGAUGGCGAGACCACGGGCCGCCCACUUUUGUAUGCGGACUGCGAAGGUUUUGGUGCAGGAACCCAGAGGCCCACAUCCCACCAAGGUCGACGAUCGUAUAACUGGACCUCGGUUCUAGGGUUGCAAGAGAUCCCAAGAUGGAAAACUGGUUGGAGAAAUAUCACGAGUGGGUUCAGGCGGCCCUUACCUGGGAUCGAAAAACGACAGGAUGCCGUCCGAUACCUCUUUCCCAAGCUUCUGUACAACUUCUCCGAUGUCGUUGUCAACGUUAUGCAGAGCCAUUCAUUGCGGCAAAUAGAUGAUUACCUAUAG